AUGAGUGAAUUUUAAAGGAGAUCUAGUUAAAGAUAAGGUUCGAUGGAACCAGAUGCUUAAGGACUAUCAAUUUAAUAUGUUGCUGAAGAUUAAAAUCUGCAAACAUAAUAUCUUGAUUUAAAAUUAACUAGAGAUGAUUCUAAAAGUGUAUGAUUUGAAUUCUAAAAAUAGUAAAAAACUGUAUUUGGUAAUUAAUUUGGUUAUGCUGCUAAAACUAUUAGAAGAGUUAGUGAUACAGCAGAUGAGGAAAAAAAAGAAGCAUUAAAUUUUGAUAUUUUGUAAAUAAAACCUGGAAAACCAUAUAAAGGAGCUAAAACAAAGGAAUCAAGAGAAUCAGCAUCUAAAAUUCUUGAAAUUUUGAAAUUAAGAGAUUAUUAUUCAUUUGAUGGACAUGAACAAAGUGAGAUAUCAAGUAAAUUUGUUUAAUAUAAUGCUAAAAAUGAACCUUAUAUUAUUUGGAAUAAAAGAGUGGAUGUAUUACCUAUUUUAGAGAAUGCUGAAGUACUUUAAGAAAAUGGAAUAAUUUUUACAAGAACAGGUGAUAAUAUUGAUGUUAUAGUACCAACAAUGUUGUAAUUUAUAAGUGAUUUAAUUAAUUUGAUGAAAUGUGUUGGUAAUAAUUCAAUAGCUAGUUUUUGUUAUGAUAGACUUAAAUUCUUGGAGUAAAAGUUUUAAAUGCAUGAAAUGUAAUUAUAAUAAUUAUAAUUAGUUUUAAUCACUAAAAUGAAUAAUUAGAUUAAAAAAGUAUUAUUAGAAGAGAUUUUUAUAAUGUUUUUAAAGUUGACACUCAUAUUCAUCAUUCAGCUGCAAUGAGUGCUAAGCAUUUAUUAGAAUUUAUUUAACGUAAAUAUGAAAAAAAUGGUGAUGAUCAUGUUGAUAUAAAUAAAGAUGGAACAAAGAUAUGUCUAAAAGAUAUAUUUAAGAAUAUAAGUGUUGAUCCUAUUGACUUAUCUUUAAAUUCUUUAGAUGUUCAAGCAGACAAAGGAAUUUAUAAACGAUUUGAUAGAUUUAACAAUAAAUAUAAUCCUUUGGGAACUCCUAAAUUAAGAGAGAUAUUUUUGAAAACUGACAAUUAUAUUAAAGGCAAAUAUCUUGCAGAUUUGACUAAAGAAUUAAUGGAUCAAUUAGAUAAAUAACAAUAUAUUGGAUGCGAAUGGAGAAUAUCCAUUUAUGGAAAAUCCAUGGAAGAAUGGCAUAAACUUGGAAAAUGGUUAAUAAAAAAUAAACUCUAUUCAUCCAAAGUUAGAUGGAUGAUAUAAAUACCUAGACUUUAUAGUGUUUAUAAAAAAUCUGGUAUGAUUAAUUGUUUCUAAGAUAUGAUUGAUAAUUUAUUUAGACCAUUGUUUGAUAUUACAAUUAAUCCUACUAUAGAUCCAUUUCUAUAUCAAGCCUUAUUCUAAAUAACAGGUUUUGAUACUGUAGAUGAUGAAUCUUUAUAUGAAUAUUUUGCAAUCUCUGAUCUUAAAUAAUCUCCUAAAGAUUGGUCAGGAGAUCGUAAUCCGCCAUAUACAUAUUGGAUUUAUUACAUAUAUGCUAAUUUAUUUACAUUAAAUGCUUUAAGAUAAUAAAGAGGUUUAAACACAUUCAAAUUUCGACCUCAUUGUGGAGAAGCUGGAAAUAUUGAUCAUUUAGCUACAGCAUAUUUAGUUUCAGAUGGUAUUAAUCAUGGUUUAGAAUUAUAAAAAUCUCCUGUUUUGUAAUAUCUAUUUUAUUUAAAAUAAAUUGGAAUAGCAAUGUCACCUGUAUCAAAUAAUAAAUUAUUUUGUCGUUAUUAAAAAUCCCCAUUUUAAAAAUAUUUUUAAAUCGGACUUAAUGUCUGUUUAUCAACUGAUGAUCCUUUAAUUUUACAUCUUACAAAUGAACCUUUGUUAGAAGAAUAUGCAAUAGCAUCAUAAAUUUUUGAUUUAUCAGCAAUAGACUAAGCUGAAUUAGCUAGAAAUUCUGUUCGAUAGAGUAGUUUUGAAAAAGAGAUUAAAGAAUUUUGGAUUGGCGAAAACUAUGAUGAUAGAAUUGCAUAAAAAAGUAAUUUUAUUAUAUAAUUAUAUCAUUAAUAGAUUCUGAAGAUCGAAAUAAUCUACCUGUUACUAGAUUUAUGUAUAGGAAAGUAACAUUGAAUGAAGAGUAUGAACAUCUUGAAAAAUUAAAUGAAGAAGAAUUGUUCUGAUACUUAAAUAUUCAAAUAAUUAUUAUUAUUAAC